AUGGCUUCUCACAAUGAGGCCACACAGCCAAAUUCAUUAAGUCGUACAGGAAAACGAUUUGCUAUUGAAGAUAUAAAUGUUGAAAUAAAAAAAACGAAAACUGAAACUCCUAUGCUUGAACAAAAAGUUUCGAUGCCUUCUGCCGCAAAUACUGCCGCAGUAAAAUUUGUGAGCGCAUCUACAAUGGUUGUACCACUUCCAGAAAUUACCGAUGAAGAACUUCUUGAAUUCACGCUUGAGUUUGAAAGAAAACAUGGUAUUUAA